AUGUCUGCAUUUUCGUCGCUCUUUUCUGGAGCCACGAUAGAUAAAAAAGUUAAAUCCCUUUUUGAGUCCUCGGCGGGCCCAGUGAGCAGAGACACGUUAAAGUCCACUAGAACAGUUAUAGACAUCCCAGAAGAGAGCACAACCCCAGAAGAAUCUGCCGAGGCAGAGAAAAAGAAGAACAAGAAGAAGAAGAGCAAGAAGAGAGCAGAGGAUGAAGAAGAUUUAGAAGCCAAGUAUUACAGUAAGCUACUCGAGGAGAACGAGAGGGCCAGGACAGAGAAUGAGGACAAAGAGGUGAAAGAAGCUGUGAAAGAAGAUUCCGAGGAAAACGUACAGGAAGAUAGUGAUGAAGUUGUUGCAGAAAAGAAGGUGGAUGAAGAAGGCGAGCUGAGCGAUAGUGGAAUCGAGAGCGAAGCGGAGGAACCCUCAACGAAGAAGAAGAAGGAGUCCGCUGCGAAAACCGUUGAUCUCAAAGAAGAAGAACUAGAUAAGGCUGAAAGGACUGUUUUCGUUGGAAACGUUCCGAAUACCGUGGUUACUUCGAAGAGAGCUUACAAGAACUUCAAGAAACUCUUUCAGCAGGUUGGUUCAGUCCACGCCAUACGAUUCAGAUCGAUUGCCUUCGAUGAGGCUCUCCCCAGAAAGCUUGCUUUCGCCAAAAAGGCGUUGCAUACUCUCAGAGAUACCGUAAAUGCCUAUGUUGUUUUUAAAGAAAGAGAACCCUCUAGGAAAGCAUGCAGCAGACUCAACGCUACCUUAUUCGAGCAUCACCACAUCAGAGUUGACCAUGUGGCCCACCCAGCGCCCAAAGACAACAAAAGAACUAUUUUUGUGGGUAACUUGGAUUUUGAAGAGCAAGAGGAGAAGUUGUGGAGGUACUUCAAUAAGCACACGGGCGACGACGUGGAGUCUGUUCGUGUUGUGAGAGACUCCAAGACCAACCUCGGUAAAGGGUUCGCCUUAGUUCAAUUCAAGGACACACUUUCUGUAAACAAAGCCCUCAUGCUCAAUGAUAAGCCCAUGGAUACUGAGCAGACAGAGGUAUCAGGUGGCGAGAAGAAGAGUAAGCCCAGGAAGCUCCGUAUUCUGAGAGCUAAAGCCAACGCAAAACCUUCAGUUUUAUCCCCUAACCAUGUGGACAACGCAAGAAAACUUAAAAAGCCCAAGGCUAGACUCACGGACGAGCAGAAGACAAAGUUGGGUCGUGCAAGAACGCUUUUAGGUAAGUCUGAUCGUAACUCGGCAGGACAAAUCAUUGUGGAAGGAGCUCGUGCUACAAAGGGGCAAAAGAUUGCAGGUAUCAAGGGUCUCAAGAGUGCCAAGGGGAAGGUGAAGAAGCCCAGAAUCACCGACCGGUCUACAAGGUUUAAGAAGGACAAGCAGGCAAUGGCGACGCUUGGGCAGAAAGAGUGA